UUCCCCCAGUAGCAGAGGGAGAAAGAUGGCGCCCACACACGUACUGAGAUGCUGUCAACGGGGUUUAGCCUGGAUCCCUGUGAUUUUUAUCGCCCUUGUCGUCUGUUGGUCCUACUACGCUUUCGUGGUGGAGCUUUGUGUGUUCACCAUUAGGAAUAUAGGAGAGCAGGUUAUCUACCUGAUCUUCUUCCACCUCUCUUUCGUCAUGUUUGUGUGGUCUUAUUGGAAGACCAUCUUCACCAAGCCUGCCAACCCUUCCAAAGAGUUUUGCCUGCCGAAAGCCGAGAAAGAGCGCUACGAGAGGGAGGAGAGGCCAGAGUCCCAACAGGAAAUCUUAUGGAGGGUUGCCUCCAACCUUCCUCUUUACACCCGCACAGGUGCUGGAGCAAUCCGCUACUGUGACCGCUGUCAAGUCAUCAAGCCGGACCGGUGCCAUCACUGCUCUGCUUGCGACAUGUGUGUGCUGAAGAUGGACCACCACUGUCCUUGGGUGAACAACUGCGUUGGCUUCUCUAACUACAAGUUCUUCAUCCUCUUCCUGGCCUACUCACUGGUAUACUGUUUGUUCAUCGCUGCCACGGUUCUGCAGUACUUCAUAAAGUUCUGGACUCUUUGUCGUAGGAAAUCGGCAGAGAACUGCCCAAAGAACGAGCUGAAUGACACGGGCCGGCCACAGGCCAAAUUCCACGUCCUGUUUUUGUUUUUUGUGGCGGCCAUGUUCUGCAUCAGUAUUCUGUCCCUGUUCAGCUACCAUCUGUGGCUUGUUGGAAAAAACAGGUCCACAAUAGAGGCAUUCAGAGCACCGGUCUUUAGAACAGGCUCUGAUAAGAAUGGUUUUUCUCUUGGUUUCCGGAAGAACAUCGCUCAGGUCUUCGGUGACCAGAAGAAGUACUGGCUGCUGCCAGUCUUCACCAGUCAGGGGGAUGGUCUUACCUUUCCCACCCGGCUGGUUAAUGCUGAUGCAGAGCAGGCCACUGUUACUCUGCAUCCUGAUGCCAAUAAAUGCAUGCAGGACGUCUCUGUGAGCCCCCUCAGUGAGUCACAUAACCGCCUUCUCAGCAGCGAGCAGCACGCCAACAAUACUGAAAACCACCUGGCUGAUAACCCCCUCAAAUCAGCUGCAAGUGAAACCAUUACAGUCUCCAUGGAGAGUGAGUCCUAACCAGGAAAAACACCUCAGUCAUCUAAAUGCGAUGCCUUAAAAAAACACCAAACAGUUUAGUUCAUCACCAUGGCAACACCUCCCAAACCCAUCCAGAUAAAACUUUUGGAAAAGCAGUUCGCUGGCACAUGGCAGCACAGUAACGCUUUAAUAUCUUUGGCAUAUUUUGCAUGAAGUGUCGGACGGACGUCUCACUUUCACCAUCCGUAUGAAACACGCUUUCCUGUCACACUUAGCUGUGAUACAUUCUUUUUCUAUUUUGUUCCCACAACUUCAAGAAGAAGCUCUGCAGGACUCUUUAUUGUAUUGUUUUUUUUUUUGUGCCAAAAGCCUCCAUGGUGCACCAAGGCUGAUUUUAUAGGUGCCAAGUUGCUGUUAAAAAGUUUUUUACCAUCUUUUCUUUCUGCUGUUGUUGAACCAACACAUAGAGUGGAGAUGGAGCCUUGCUUUCCAUUCUGUACAUCUCAUUUCUACGACAUUGAUCAAGCUGGAGCGAAUUAAUUGUUUGCACCUUUUUGUGAUGGAUGUUUCCUCCACCAAAAACCUGGAUUGUUGCAGAGGGCCUCUACUCCACGGCUCAGUGGACUGUGCCUGUCCUCAGCAGACUGAAACUGCACUCGGGGCGUAGAGACGAUAUUUGAGCACAAGAUGGCGCAUUUGCACUUUUUCAAUUCUGUUUUCUUUUUUUUUAUUAUUAUAGUUUUAUCAUAUCCAAACGAUAUCCACAGUGUGACAGAUGAUAUUCGUGUUUAUGUUUGUUACAGCAGACAUGGCAUUCAACAAAAACCUUCAAGGGGUUUUGUGGCUAGCUGGUGUUGAAUUAAGCUGCUUUAAAAAGAAAUUGGAAGUUGAUUCACUCGGUGCACUCUGCUCGUGUUUUGGUGGACAUCCACCCUUUAAAGCUUCAAACUUUACCACCACAUCCAUUGCCAAAUAAGGGCUGACAUGUCAGGAGCUCUGGCAUCUGAACCUGAAGUGUUUACAGCAUCCUAGCUUUAUCCUGCAGGCCAGUGUCAUCAAAUCACCAGAACGGGAUGUUGCUGUGGCAAUUAAAAAAAAAAGAAAAAAUCCUUUGUAAUGUGUUUACUAUUAUCAGACAGCAGGUGGCGACAAUCUGCUUCUUUUUUUAUGAGUAUUAAGAUGGAUACAGUUGAAACCAGAUGUUUACAUACUAAUUAAAGAUAACGUUAAUAAAUCAGACCAGAAAUCCUGUUUUAGGUAAAAUAAGUUCUGUUAAAAGGUUUUAGACAGCCUUCCCCAAACAAUAGUUUGUCUAUAAAAAACUUUAUAUAAGGUAGACCUAUCUGAGCACAAGCCUUGUCUUCUAGACUUCAGUUUUUAACAUAUUUUCCAUUUGUUAUUUUUAUCAUUUUGUGAAGAACAACAGUCUGUAGCAAAAAUAUCCAACCAUCAUGAUACCACCACCCCCCUACUUCACUGUAGGGAUGAAGCUGAUCCCGGAUAGCUGCCUCCUAUUUUUCCUUCCUUUUUAAUGAUGGUAAUUAUGGACAAACACUUGAAUCAUUUUUAAAUGUCUUUGUGCCUGAGCUUUUAUUUAGCUCUUUAUUCUAGGCUUUUCAUUCUGCCCUCAAUGUGGGUCAUUUGAAAAUUAAUGAGCUACAUUAAAUGUAUCUUAAAUUAUUGUUGCAUAUAGUAAAUAGAAAUGAUUUGUCUGAUCUGACCUCAAGCAUAUGAUGUCACAUAGAAAGAUUGUAUGUUUUUUUUUUAUGCUGUAUAUAAAUAUCUGGUUUUAAAUGUAAUCAUCUGUUCUGAGGUCAGUUUGCUUUCUGUUACUGCCUUUUUUUUUUCUUUGGUUAUUUUAUAUUACCUGAAUGUUAACCUUUUUAUAAAUCGCUUUACUGUGAUAAACUAUUUGGAUCUGAGUCAACUACAGCUGAAGCUCAAAUUGUCUCAGUUUAUAGAACUGCUUGAACGACCCUGAGCUUAUUAGAGACUGUUUAGAGCGUGUUUAAAAUGUUAUUCAUCGGCUUUCUGCAGCCCAGGCUGACCCAGAAUCUGUAGAAAGCUGUUAGCAAGAUGACGCCCCUCUUCACUGAACGCAUCCCACCAAAACACUCGGGUGUUGAUGUUUACAGCCUGUUCACAUUGAGCUUUGUGCGGUUUAUUUUUGUGAGAUUUUCCCAAAAAAUUCUUACUUAGGGGCCUGUCUUUGCGGGCGGGCUUAUUGUUAUGCUUUCAAAACCAGUGAACGGGUGGGAUUUGUUAACACUUUUACGCUGUGGUUAGAUUUCAAAAGUCCUAGACUUUAAGUUACUGUAUGGGUUUAUGGUCCAAGCCAAGGUUCUGUUCUAAUCAUGUAAAGCUCAUAUUUGACCAUUUAGAGGUUUUAGGAUGUGUAAUGUCAUUCUUUAAAGCAAAAAACAAAAAAAAAUUGCAGCCACCGUCUGAGACAUCGGACCUAUUGUGUUGUUUUACAGUUCCCUGUAUCCUCUGCAAAGAGUGUCAAGGUGUGUGUAUUUUGUAGUGCUCCAUUGAGUGUCUUCUUUUUUUGUAAAAACUUCUUGUAUCGAGAGGAACGCUUCAGUGCUGAAAAGAGAUUCUGCUCAAAGCAUGACGCCUAACCUCUGUGAAGAGGGGAAAAAGUGUUUUACUAUAAAAACUGGGAGGGGGGGUUGUGGUGUGGGUUGAGAUAUUCCUUUUUUUAAUAAUUUUUUGCAAGUUCUGUUUUCAAUUAGCUUUACUCUUGUCUGUAUAAACUGAUUAAAUGAAGCCAUAAAAACUCCUGUGAAAACAAGAAGGAUAUGAUGACUUUGGUUAUCUGUAGAUUGAUACCAUGCUACAUCUGGCCGCAAAGUGCAGGUUGUAGCCUAUCAUAACAGCUGAUAUCUUCUUUUUUAUAUAUAUAUAUAUUGCGUCCUGUAUUAAAGUAUGUGUGUAUGUAUAUUAUGUAAGUAAACAAAAAAAAUUCAUAUAUUUUUCUUGUCUGUUUACUUUUACUGUUCCUACUUUGUGAAUGAGUACAUGCUUCUUAAUUAACUGGGAAUAUAACAA